AUGACACAACCACAGAAGACCAUAGCCGUCGUCAAUGCGGCCGGCCGGCAAGCCGCCUCGCUCAUCCGUGUCGCGUCCGCCGUCGGGUACUCAGUACGCGCGCAGAUCCAUUCGCUCAAGGGCAUUGUCGCAGAGGAGCUCCAGGGCCUGCCCAAUGUCACCCUCAUCCACGGCCCCCUCCUCAACAACCCGGAGUUGAUGGACGCCCUUUUCGAAGGCGCCAACUAUGCCUUUAUCAACACCAUGUCGCAAGCCGGCGAUGAGGUCGCCAUCGGCCGCGCUCUUGCCGACGCCGCCAAACGCGCCGGUACCGUCCAGCACUAUAUCUACAGCAGCAUGCCGGACCACUCCGUGCAUGGGCCGUGGCCUGCCGUCCCGCAGUGGGCGCCCAAAUUCACCGUCGAGAACUACGUGCGCCAGCUCGGCAUGCCCGCCACCUUUGUCUACGCCGGAAUUUACAACAACAACUUUACCAGUCUGCCUUACCCGCUCUUCCAGAUGGAGGUCCUCGCCGACGGGAGCUUUGAAUGGCGCGCACCCUUUGACGAGGAGACUCCGCUUCCCUGGCUGGACGCGGAACACGAUGUCGGCCCAACCCUGCUCCAGAUCUUCAAAGACGGUCCUAAGAAAUGGAAUGGUCAUCGAAUCGCCCUCACAUUCGAAACCCUUUCCCCCAACCAAGUUUGCGCCGCCUUCCAACGGGCCCUGAAUCGGCCCUGUCGGUACGUGCGCGUGCCCAAGAUCGACAUCAAAGUCAACAUCCCGCCCGGCUACCGGGAACAACUCGAGACGCUCGAAGUGCUCUUCGGCGAGUGCAACGCCCCCUACUUCCCGCAGCCGGAAUUCUCGCAACCCGCGGCAGGUUCGCCCAAGGGUCUGGGUCCGGCGGGUGGAAAGGGCGCUGGCGCCGGUAUGAUGCAAGGACCGGGUGGCGUUGUCUCGCUGCGAGUGACGGAUGAGGCUAGGCAUCUGUGGCAGGGAUGGCGCGAUAUGGAGGAGUAUGCGCGUGAGGUGUUCCCCGUGGAAGAAGAGGCAAAUGGGCUGGAUUGGAUGCUCUAA